UAGCGGAUGUCUGUGCCAUGAAGUGUACCGCCGGAGGCUAACAGAUAAAUAUGUACAACAGUAUCCAAUAUUUUCCAAUCAAAAUCAUGAAUAUUUAAUUAUUUGACCAAUGCAUAUGUAGUGCAUAAGUGUUACAGACUUGUGAAGUUUGUAUGAUUUUGAAGUAAAAAAAGUGUUUAGUGUUUUGAAUUCGAAUACUUGGCCUUGCUGCAGUGAAUUUCUUUUUUUUUUUUCUUCGGCUGAAGCCUUUGAAAAGUCUACAUACGUAUCAUCAUUAAAAUGGAUAUACCAUUGUCGAUGUUGUUGUUGCUCUGUCUGGUAUUUACCAUUAUAGGAGCGGCUCUGAUACUUUUGCUGCAAUAUUACCUUUAUUUGCGAUUUUCCAUACUUCCUGAGGAGAGUGCCGAACAAAAGGAUAUCAACACAAAGUAUUCAUUGCCUGCGACAAUUCAGCAGACAGCACGCGCCAUAAAUCUAUUGCCACCUACCGUAACGCCAGCCGGACACACACAUACGGGUACACUUGGUGCGACAGAUGCAGCGCCUUUAAUGUCAAUUAAUUUUGUGAUGCAAUUCCUGUUUCAUGAAUUGAAAAAUUCCAGUCGCGUGCGCAAGUGGUUCUAUCGUAAGCUAUCGCUGGAACUCGAUGAGCUGUUGGCGAAAACAACGACUGGCAAAUUAUUCGAUAAGCUGACGAUUAAAGAACUGGAACUAGGUGACCAAUUUCCUGAGAUUCGAACUUUACGUGUACAUAAUGUGGAAUUAGACGAUGCCGGUGAUCGUAUUGAAAAUCUCGAUCUUCUGCUUGAGAUUCAUUACACCGGCAAUUUUCGCACUUCCAUCGAUGCUGAUAUGGUGCUGGGCAAAAAGGGAUCACUCACUUUAAUNAGUUUUCUCGGUGAUCCAGAAUUGGAUUUAGCUGUCGAGUCCAAGUAUCAAGGCCGUCAAAUGCAAUCAAAUAUAACCAGCCUAAUCUCCAAUCAGAUACGAAAGGCUGUACGCCGCAAACACACGCUCCCCAAUUAUAAACUACGCUACAAGCCAUUCUUCCACAAAACUCCCGAAGAAGACCCUGGUGAUGGUGACAUACAACCAAACGGCACGUUGGAGGUUAAGGUGUCGGAAAUAUCGCGACUUAUGUGCUCAGAAGCGGGAACUGAUAUUUACUGUACUUUGACUUUGGCCUCGCUGGCAUUUGUGGAGAUACGCCAGAAAGAUAAUCGCAAUGUGGUUGUUUCAAUGGAUGUGGAAAUACAUAAAGCUAAAAAUCAGCAGAUUGGCAUACUUUUUAGACAAAUACCUGAGAUAGGCGUCGAAAUUGAAGCAGUGCUACCCAACACGCCCGCUUGCAAGUCGAAUUUGCGCCCAUGCGACAUGUUGAUCGCCAUCGAAGGCAAGCGUGUACAGACUAUCCAGCAAGUGGCGAAAGUUUUCAAGGGUUUACAGGCCUCAGCCUUCAGGCUGCGCAUCGA